UUACCUUAUAUACUUGAUGGUGAUGUUACGUAUCAUUUUCUCGUUCAAUAUUUUCGUCUUUAUGUACCAUCAAAUUACCCGAAAAAUAUACUAUUUUCUCCCAAACAAUUCAUGAUACUGGCGAAUUUGACGUGUAUUGCGUUUUUCUAAAAUAACUGCUAAAAGCUAUCGACAAUUGGAUACAGUAGUUUUUAAAAGACAUAAAUUCAAGAUGGCGUCCAGAAAAUCGGCGUCACAAGCAACCCAAAUAUAUCAGAGAUUUCUGCAAAUUUGCGAACAAUGGCCAAUAGACACGAGCAGGCAAGGGCGAGACCUCGGUUCUCACAUAAAAGAGAACUUAAAAACACAAUUUCAAGACCGAAAAAUCGAGGAAAAAGAAGCAUCAAGAAUGCUAGAUAGUUUAAUAAAAAUAAGCUCUAAUUAUUACAAGGAAAAGUAUCCAAGACGUUGCGAGAUAGCGUUUACACAAGAAGCUCAAAAAUCAGGCGCAUAUGACUUCAUUCUUAGCACAGAUUUUCAAAAGCAAGUAAAAGAAAAACGACCUGGAUUUUUUGCCAGAUUGGCUGGAAAGAAGGAAUGAUCAACAAACAUGAAGCUUGUCUCAGUCUCCAUUUUGGCGAAUCUUUGAUAGUUUGUUUCCUUUUUCAAUUUUUCCUUAAUAGCAUUGUAAAAGUAAAUGUAUUACGGCAAUAUAUCUAGCGGGAGACUACAAAAGAAAUAGUUUUCUUAAGUAUCUUAUAAUUUUAAAAGACCUUUGUAAAUGUAACUUGCUGAAACGUUCUGUAAUGUGUUGACGUGAAGAUAUAUUCAGCAGUACCAAUUACGCAUGCGUGAUAGGUUUUCUCAUAUACCUUUCCCAGAUAAUUUUUUUGUUGUGUGGCAUUUCAUAUAACAUCGCUAACUUAUUGAUAAAAAAUUAAACUAAAAUAAAUGGUUUGAACCCGGGA